CGGUUUCAGCGGCACUUCCGGCGGAAGGGACGUGGCAGUGACGUCAGCGCGGCCGGAGAGUCCCGGUGGCGGAGUCCGGCCCGGCCCGGCCCGAGCCGCAGGCGAUGAGCCCCGAUGCAGACGCGCCGCCGGCUCGGCCUUAGGCAGCGGGAACCGGGCGUGUACCUGGGGCCCCCCCAGACUCAGGCCGUGCCCCCCCCGGAACCCCCGCCCGCUGACGUCAUGUCGUGUCGCGACAGGACCCAGGAGUUUCUCUUCGCCUGCAAAUCGCUGCAGGGCCGGCAGGAUGGGGGGCUCCAGCCCGGCAGAGCCGCCCCCGGCCCCGGGCGGCAGCGCAGCGAGUUCAGCCUCAUGGCCAAGCGCAUCGGGAAGGACCUGAGCAACACCUUUGCCAAGCUGGAAAAGCUGACCAUCCUGGCCAAGCGCAAAUCCCUGUUUGACGACAAAUCCGUGGAGAUCGAGGAGCUCACCUACAUCAUCAAACAGGACAUCAGCAGCCUCAACAAGCAGAUUGCCCAACUGCAGGAGCUGGUGCGGGCGCGGGGGGGCCCGGCCGGGCGCCACCUCCAGAGCCACUCCAACAGCGUGGUGGUGUCCCUGCAGUCCAAACUGGCCUCGAUGUCCAACGACUUCAAAUCGGUGCUGGAGGUGCGGACAGAGAACCUGAAGCAGCAGCGGAGCCGUCGGGAGCAAUUCUCCCGAGCCCCCGUGUCUGCCCUGGCUGCCAACAACCUGGGCUCCCCGGCCGUGCUCCAGGACGAGCCCCCGCGCUCCGGGGCCGUGGCCAUCGACAUGGACAGCAGGACGAGCCAGCAGCUGCAGCUGCUGGAUGAGCAGGACUCCUACAUCCAGAGCCGGGCUGACACCAUGCAGAACAUCGAGUCCACCAUCGUGGAGCUGGGCUCCAUCUUCCAGCAGCUGGCUCACAUGGUCAAGGAGCAGGAGGAGACCAUCCAGAGGAUCGACUCCAGCGUGGAGGACGCUCAGCUCAACGUGGAGGCGGCGCACGGGGAGAUCCUCAAAUAUUUCCAGUCCGUCACCUCCAACCGCUGGCUCAUGGUCAAGAUCUUCCUCAUCCUCAUCGUCUUCUUCAUCGUCUUCGUCGUCUUCCUGGCCUGAGGCUGCUCCUGCCCCUCCCUCAGCUCGGACUCAGCCCUGUGGGCUCGGACACGGACACGGGGGGGGUCCCCAAAACCCCCCAGGACCCCCCCAGGACCCUCCUCUCCUUUUUCCCCUUCCUGGGGGUCUCUGGGACCUUUGCUGGGGGUUGGGAAUCCUGGGAAUGCUGUGGGACCCCUCCCCAUGGACCAUGGGACCCCCCAGAAAUGGGGUUGGGGACCCCCAGGAUGGCUGGGACCCCCAAAAAGGGGUUGGGGGGACCCCAGUGGUGACCCCGGGGAAUCUGGGGGGAUCCUCGACCCCCCCCUGGGGAUGGAGACCCCAAGGAAAGCUGUGAGACCCCCAGGGUGGGGGGUCUGUGAACCCCAUGAACCUUGGGAGGGUGCAGGACCCCCAGAAAGCCCCGGGCCCCCCAAAAACGGGGCUUGGGGGGGGUGGAGCUCGUUAAAAACGGUCUGGGGGGGCUGUGGGACCCCUCGGGGUUUCAGUGCCCAAUUAAAGCCUUGGGCCCCCAAAAGGGGGGCUGGGGACCCCAUUAAAGCCAUUGGGGUCCCUCUGGGGGGUGCAGCCCCCCAAAAGGGGCCUGAGGACCCCAAUAAAACAAGGGGGGGCUGCAGGACCCCCUUGGGAACAGGAGCACCCCCCUCCAUCAAAGCCUUGGGACCGCAGGGGGGGGUCUGGGAAUGCCCUGGACCCUGCAGGGAGCCUUUGGGGCGGCUGCAGCCCCCCCUGAACCCCUCGGGCCCCCCAAUAAACCCCUGGGCCCCCCCGAA